AUGUCGCAGACAGAACUGCGUCCCUGUGACCUUACAUUUAUCACAUCCAUUAUCAGCGAUGAACUUACCUGGGCAGCGAUUAAUCAGGUCACUGGGGAGAGCGAAAUCGGUGAGGGGAGUUGAACUGGGGCCAGGACCCUUUGCGGACUUGAUGGCCAGCUGUCACGGCUGGCUGGUUGGCUGACGAUUCCUGCACAAAACAUCUGUCAGGCUGGGAAGUGCACUGACGACUGUUGUCCGCCAGGCAAACCGCAAACGAACAACGUAUAACAAUCGACCCCCAGGAAAACUGUAGCUCCUGUAACACGUCUGAGACGUGGAAAUUAUUACCGAUGUCAUCGCCAACUGAGGGAGACAGUUUUUUGACCAAUGGUAACAUUGAUAGGCCUCCACCGAAUGGUAACAUCCCCCCUUCUCCUGACACAGACACACCGACUACGGAGAGCGAUACGCCAACCAGCCCGUGUGACGAUUCCCCUACAGGUCAUGAGAGACCAGAAGGUGAGACGAAACAGUCAGACAGCAGAAAUCACCUCCAAGUUGCGAACGGCAAGUCCAGCAGCCUAGGCCAUCGUAAGAGUCCCACCACACAAAUUCUAAACUUCUAUCGCAAGCACAAGUCCCCUGACAUGGAGAAGGGCAAAGACCGAGCUGAGACCGCCAGUCUGGACGACAAAGCGCUGUUGUCAUCGAGUGUGGGGUGUGUCAUCAGUGGACACACCCAGCUUGGUGGGAAGAGGAGCCGCAGCAUUGAAGACUGGCGUACCAAAAGUCGCAAGGCUGGAGGUACCAGUAUUGAAAUGGAUGACACAGAGAAGUUUUUGAUUGGCCGAGUGGACGGUGUCUCCACCCAAUCAUUAACAAAUGGUUGGGAGCUUAGACUCAGACAUGUCCGUAUCACCGAAGUCGCGCCCACCAAUAGCAGUAUUGUGGAUGCGGCAGAUGAUGAGCAAAGCUGGAAGGUCUCUAUUGAUAUGUUCAGCUCAAGGAAACAUGACAAAACUCAGGAGUACAAGAAACUCCCGCAGAGAAUCAGGUCAUACUACAAAGCCCAGAAUGAUUUGAUCAGUGCAUAUGAGGACAUUCAGCUAGAAGUAGACGAUGCUGUGUUCAACGCAGAAAACAUGUCCAAACAAAGAAAACGAGCUUCCAUUCUUGCCAAAGCUACCUUCCUCGUAAAUUUACUGCUUCUGGUUGCUAAGGCAGUUGCCGUGGGUCUGUCAGGGUCGAUGUCAAUCAUUUCCUCUCUGGUAGACAGUGCGGUGGACCUAGUGUCAGGAAUCAUCAUCUGGUGGACAUCUAGGGCUGUGCGGAAGAGGAAACCUUACGUCUAUCCACAAGGGAGGACUCGUCUGGAGCCCGUGGGUAUUAUCAUUGUGUCGGUGGUGAUGUCACUGGCAGCCCUCCAGCUCAUCGUGGAGUCCAUACAGAAGAUUGUGGAAUUCUCGAAGGGGUCUGCCUCCAUUCCUGUUGUUGACCUCUGGACGUUCAUCAUUGCUGGUUCUACUAUAGUGGUGAAACUGGUGCUCUACAUUGUGUGUCGUUGCUAUGCCAGGAAUAGCGUCUCUGUUUCAGCACUGUCGCAGGAUCACAGGAAUGAUGUUGUCUCCAAUACUGGCGCAAUACUCUUUGGUUAUUUGGGCUCUGUGGACUUCAUAAAUAUAACCCAGGAGAAGGGUGUGGUCUAUAUUGACCCUGUUGGUGCUAUACUUAUCAGCUUCUACAUUCUUUACAACUGGUGGAAAACUGGCUGGGAGCAAAUCAAACUGUUGACUGGUCAUACAGCCAAACCAGAAUUCCUUAGUAAACUCACAUGGAUUUGUUUGAACCACCAUCGCGAGAUCCAGUUUAUAGACACUGUCCGCGCUUUCCACUUUGGGACUAACUUCCUGGUGGAAUGUGAUGUUGUCUUACCCCAUGAUAUGAAAUUAAAGGAGGCUCAUGAUAUUGGAGAAGGACUCCAACAAAAACUGGAGAAAUUACCAGAAGUGGAGCGUGCUUUUGUUCAUCUGGAUUAUGAAACAUCGCAUGACCCAAAUACUGAGCAUAAGAUUGUGUGAUAAUCUACCAGAUGGAGCAGGAUAAACCAGGUGUGGAUAACCCAGGGGACAUAGCUCCAGGCUCCCUAAGAAAUCAAGGGGAGGUGACCUAAUGUUGUUCAACAAAAUCAAAAUAUAGAGAAGUAUGUGUCAGGUGUCCUAGUCAUGGAAAAACACUGGGUUGCUCUGUAUGAAAGUCCUGUACUAUUUUGCCUUACCUAACAUGCUCCAAACACUUAAAGAAACAGAUGUUUAUGGUGAUGGCCUAAAUUUUCAUUGGCUAAUUUUGCAUUUGUUGUUACGAGACUGCUGGCAAUGUCAUUUGACAAUCAACAAAUCAGAAUGCACUGAAACUGUUGGUUGUUUUAUUGCUUUUUGAACAUUUGUGUUUUAAGAACUGUUCAGAGAAUGUCAGAUAAAGCAAUAUUGUAUGGAAUUUCCCACAAAACUGUCUGGUGUACUGUUGAUUUGUGAAGGUGACCUGAGCUUUCACUGUUGAUUUAUACUCCAGGUGAUGUUAAUCGUUGACCCUAAAUUAAGGGCGUAUCUUGAUAGAUAAGGUUGUUUAUUUGUUGUAUUUUUUGUCUUUUGUAAAUUUUUAAAGGUGUCUGUGUAAAGCCAGUAUUAUUGAUAAUGAUGGUGUCUAUACACAUUUUGUACUCAUGGUUAGCAUUUUAUUAACAUAGUGUGAUAUUGAGAAGUCUUUGUCUCCUUGUAGACUGUAUUAUUAUGUAAGAAUACAUCCUUAGGGGAUGCUUUCAUGAAAAUUUGUAUCGACUUUCACUUCAGAUAACAAACAGUCCAAUUUUUCACCAGGGAGGUUCUUUUAUAGAAACUAACCGCAAUAUAAACUUUGGUGAAAGUGAUCCCUAAUUUGGGCUUUAUAAAUUUUUGUCAUGUACUCAUCCAGUCAUUUUUUGGUCAUUUUAUUUGUUGUGAUGUUUACCAUCACUUUGGUGAAAAUUUACAUGAUUUAGUUUUACCGAUUUGAUUCAUUGAUAUGAGGUCAACUUUGUGGUGGAUAUAAAUGAUGACAGUGUUUUGAUUGAGUUUCAACAGAAAUAUGUCUUUAAAAAAAUUUUUGGGUGGCCAUCUUUUGCAUACUGUGAGUAAAAGGGAAGACUUAUAGUUCAAAUAAUAACAGAAAGAAAUUGAGAAAGUUUUGAAUAUUUUCCCUUAACAGCACAUUCUGCUGCACCACAUUGAAUUCUGAGACCUGGACAUUUCCUUGUAUCACAGUGUGGUUUGUCAGUGAUGACAGUGAGUGAUAUAACAGCAGUUUAGGAAUACGGGUAUGUAGUGUUGAAGAACAGCCAGUCGGAGUAUAUGGCGUUGAUGAGCAGCCAAUCUGAGUACGUGGUGUAAAUGAGUAUGCCAGUAAAAGUAUAUGGUGUUGAAGUGUCUACCAGUUGGAGUAUAAGGUCGUGAUGAACAGCGAAUCAAAGUAUGUGGUGUAGAUGAGUAUGCCAAUAAGAGUAUGUAAUGUUGAAGUGUCUACCAGAUGGAGUAUAUAGGGUUGAUGAGUAUGCCAAUAAGAGUAUAUAGGGUUGAUGAGUAUGCCAAUAAGAGUAUAUAGGGUUGAUGAGUAUGCCAAUAAGAGUAUAUAGGGUUGAUGAGUAUGCCAAUGAGAGUAUAUGGGGUUGAUGAGUAUGCCAAUGAGAGUAUAUAGGGUUGAUGAGUAUGCCAAUAGAGUAUAUAGGGUUGAUGAGUAUGCCAAUAGAGUAUAUGGGGUUGAUGAGCAUGCCAAUAAGAGUAUAUGGGGUUGAUAAGUAUGCUAAUUAGAGCAAGUGUCUACCAGAUGGAGUAUAUAGGGUUGAGGAGUAUGCCAAUAAGAGUAUGUAAUGUUGAAAUGUCUACCAGAUGGAGUAUGUAGGGUUGAUGAGUAUGCCAAUAGAGUAUAUAGGGUUGAUGAGCAUGUCAGUAAGAGAAUAUGGGGUUGAUAAGUAUGCCAAUUAGAACAAGUGUCUACCAGUGUGAGUAUGUGUUGUGAUCUUGAAGUGCCUACCAGUUUUGAGUAUGUAGUGUUUAGGAAUACACCAAUUGGAGUAAGUGGUAUGUAGGAGGCUGUCGAUUAGAGUAUGCUUAUUGCAGAAUGUGGUGUUCAGGGAAAUGCUGAUUGCAGACUGUAGUGAUGUUACAGAACAUAAAACCCAAAUUUUAUUUUUUUACAACUAAUUAUUGUGAUUCUUAUAUAGCUUGUAACGAUUGUGUUGAUGUGGUUUUCUGAUAUUUUGUCAUGUUUGGAUGUAUGAAGACAGCUACAACCAUACUUUACUCUGGCACAACUGUGUACGAGCCCCGUUUAACCGUGACAUAGCUGUAUUUGGCUCUGCUGCAAUCGUGUUUGACCCUGACUCAACCACAUUUAACCCUGACUCAACCACAUUUAACCCUGACACAGAUGUAUUUUACCCUGCAGUCGCAGCCAAUCCUCACACAGCUGUAUUUGACCCUGCCACAGCCGUAUUCGGCUGUUGAUAUAACUAUACUUGGUUGUCUCACAUACAUAUUGUUUACGAAUUCACCAAGAGAUACUCACAUACGUCUUUGGCAUACACGUCAUUCAGUUGAAUUUUGUUUUUGUCGAUUUUAAGCAUUUGUUUGGAUGGCGUUAUAUAAUGAAGGUCUCCAUAGAUAUAUCUUCCUAGAGAAUAAAGC